AUGCGUAGUAAUAGUACUAGUGCGACUGGUAAUCAUCAUAAUCACCAUCGCCAUUUAUUUAUUCGAAAUUUUCUCACAGACUUUCGUCGUCAGUCGAGUGUCAAUGAUUAUAAUUUUGCCAUUCCAUUGUCACUUGCAGUUACUGAUGAAGAAGCUGGAGAUUUACCAGGAGCACGCUUAUCGAUAUCAAAUUCUUUAACAAGCGUUCAUAAACAAUGUGAACAAGACGAUGCUGAAGCAACAAAUAAACUUUUAGACAUUGGCCGUGUUGCUUCAUGGGCUGUUGGUUUUGAAAAAUUGCUCAAUGAUGACACAGGUUUACAUGUAUUUACUGAAUUUUUAAAAAAAGAAUUUAGUCAAGAAAAUAUUCAAUUUUGGAUUGCAUGCGAAAAAUUUAAAAAAUUGUCAGAUCCAGAAGAGAUUCAUCUUAAUGCCAAUUUGAUUUGGUCCACUUAUUUACAUGAUACAGAUGAUGGUUCAUGUCCAAUAAAUAUUGAUAGUCGAACACGACAAGAAUGUCAACAGUCUUUAUUAAAUAAGCCUAAUGCUCAUAUGUUUGAAAAGGCUCAAUCUCAGAUAUUCCAAUUAAUGAAAUAUGAUUCAUAUAGUAGAUUCCUUAAAUCAAAUAUGUAUAAAGAUUGUAUUAUGAGUGAAAUGGAAGGUAAAUGUAUACCAUAUACAAAACAGCAGCAACAACAACAAUUACAAACUCCAUCAAACUAUGAAGAUAGAUCAAAAACACUUGAUUCUUUUACAAAAUUAAAAGACGAUGAAAAGAAAGAUAAAAAACGAAGUCCGCUUUUACCUUGGACAAAAGUUAAACGUGAUACACCUUCCUCUCUGUCCAAUCUACAUCAUCAAACUGCUAAUGCUAGUACAAAUACUCCAAUACAUGAAAAUUUAUGUUUAUCACCGUUUCUAACAUCACCAAUUACAAAUAAAUCAGCUUCAACUGAAUUAGGAACUAUAUCAACAAUAGCAAAAAUUGCAAGUGCAUCAUCAUCAUCAUCAGCUUCACUAACAAUAACAAUGAAUAGUGGAAAUUUAUCAAGCAAAAUGAAUAAAAUUUCACCAAAUGUUCCUCAACAAGAUUCGCCAGCGUUUAAUUUUCUUUCACGUUCAGAAACAAAUCAAGAAUCAACUUCGUUUCCUGAAAAGAAAACUUUUAUAGUUAGUUAUUCUUAUUGA